AUGGCCCAAUCAGGUCAAAAUACCCACUUUCAUAACGGUCGCGAGUCCGACUCCGACAGUGAUUCUGAUUCUUUCCCCGUCCGUCCCGCGCCCGAGGAUGUCAGCAUCCUCAACCGUGACUUCAUGGCCCGCGCCCGACGGCGAGGUGGCGGAGAUGAAGAUAUCGAUGGACGACACAAGUCCCGGAAAGGAUGGCGCUGCUCGUACCUGGAUGAAGAUGGAUUUUUCGUCGAUCCUCUUGGAGUCGAACCUGGCGAGCCGGACGAGCAUGCGCCAAAAGAAUUAUCUGAGCUGCUCGUUAGGGAGACUAGACAGCGACAGGCAAUCACCGGAUACGAAAUCAUGGUGAAGAAGUUGGAUCGCCAACUUGCGAUCACACGCCAGAGCGAGGCGGUACUGCAGAAGAGGAAUAAAGCUCUCGAGGGUGAGAUUGAGGAUCUGAAGCUGAAGUUGAAGAUGAAGUCUGGUCCACCUGAAGGUUCUGGAAUGAAAGAUGGCUCAAGUAUUGAUUCCACUCAUGCAUGCAAUUCUAACAACUUACAUCAAGUCAUAGUCACCACUCAGGUUCCGCCUCGAAGAGAAACCAUCCCUGGCACCAUAAACGGUCAACGGCCUGUACUGUCAACAUUGAGAUCCAUACUUCAACGGAAAAAUGAACUACGGGCGCCCGCCACUUACGUGAAGGACGGCCGAGUCACCAAACCCACUAGUGGUUCAAACGCUUCCUCCGCCAACCACAAGUUUCCCAUCCGAAAUCCAAUGCUGAGUAUGGCGAGAUUACCAGAGGAUCCAAGCCAUUCUCAUAUUGCUCGAUCUCGAAAGGUAUCUGGUGAAGCUAGGGCGAGCGAUCUUCGAAAGUCAAAUCUUCGCUUUUCAAAGCGAAUGAUAACGUGCGAUAGCGAAGAUGAAGCAGACCAGGACAAGGAUGAUAUAAAAGACUGA